CUCCGGGCUCGGGAGCAGCAGCGUGCCGAACAAUCCCGGGCAGGGCUCGCCUCGCUGGUGACAUCACUGCCGAAGAUACUCCCCGCUCUCAGUGCCUGCCUUCGCGAGGCCGCCGUCCGUUUGUCCGUUUCCUUCCGUCCGCUGCUGGAGAGGGCUCCUCGCCGGCCGGGGACAGAGCCGGGCACCGAGGAGCGACAGGACCCGGAGGAGGAGGGAGAGCAAAGGCAGCGAGGGAAGGAGGACCCCGGCAGGCGACAGCAUGAAAUUCAGCCCAGCGCACUACUUGCUGCCUCUCCUGCCGGCGCUGGUCCUCAGCACCAGGACUAUGAAGAGCUAGAAAAGCAGCUGAAAGAAGUCUUUAAGGAGCGAACCAACAUCCUCCAUCAGCUGACAAAGACAUCAAGAGAACUUGAUGGAAUUAAAGUCAACCUUCAGUCUUUGAAAAAUGAUGAGAGAUCUUCCAAAACUGAUGUUGAGAAGCUUCUGGAAAUAGGUCAGAGACAAAGAGAACAAAUGAAAUCUCUCCAGGAGGUUCUGCAAAAUCAACUUAAAGAGACAACCGAGAAAGCAGAAAAACAACAAGCUACUAUUAAUUUUUUAAAGACUGACAUGGAAAGAAAGAGCAAAAUGAUACGAGAUCUCCAGAAUGAGAACAAAAGCUUGAAGAACAAACUCUUGUCAGGAAGCAAGCUGUGUGGCAUCCAUGCAGAGGAGUCAAAAAAAAUCCAAGCCCAGCUAAAGGAGCUUCGUUAUGGGAAGAAGGAUUUAUUAUUUAAGGCCCAACAACUUACUGAUCUGGAACAAAAAUUAGCCGUGGCCAAAAAUGAGCUGGAGAAAGCGGCUCUUGACCGGGACUCACAGCUGAAGGCAAUGAAGGAGACUGUGCAUCUCUGCCUAUCUACCGUGUUCGGUAAUCAGGCUCCUCCUUUGAGUCUAACGAGGCCAAGUCCAACUCAGCUGCCACUUCUACCUGGGACAGUGAGCCCUGUGAUUCCUGAUGCAAGUUCAAAAUUCCAGCCUGAGCAAACCAUUCUUGGAAGGACUGAGAGCUCUCAAGCUGAGACAACAAAGGAAGAAAAUUCGAACAACACUGAGUGCAAUUCUCAAAAUCUUUUACAAGAGGGCAGGACCUGCUCAACGAAGCACAAAGUCGUUCCCCUAAUCAAUGCUACUGCAGAACCAGUGACUGCCCCAAAGAAAUUGCAAAUGCCUCCUUGUACUGAAUGUGAGGUGAAAAAAACCCCGGAAAAACAAUUGACCAGCUUUGAAGGGAGGGCAACUAGAGAAGAAAAAAUACUGUAAAUAUCAAGAAACUGUGUUAAAAACAUCCACUUAUGAUUGUCUUCAUACUCUUUUCAAACCACAGGCUUGAUGGAAAUACUAAGUUUUUAAAGCAUGCAACUUUUUCACAAUUUUCUGUAACUUUAUAUAAAGUAGUCUACAAAAUUUCCAAGAGAUUCCAGGCCAAUUAUGAUCCUUAAGCAAUAACCUAAUUAAAAUGGAUAUCCACAGUCAUAAAUAGUCAUUGUCAUCAGUAAAUUGCCCAGCAUAAAUUGGUCAGUUCUGAACUCAAAUGCAGUGAACAACAUUUAAUCCUUCUGAUUCAUUGGGUAUCUAGUUCUUCUAUGAUCUAGCUUGAAAUCAACUGGAGGAUGAUAAAAAUUUUGUGGAUCCUUGGCAUUCUUAGAAUCCAAAUUGCAAACAUAUCAUAAAGAUUCUGUUCCAUAUUGGCCAACGGGAGUCACUUUAAGGUUGGAAUCUGUGUCAACCUGAAUAUAUUGUUUAUUUGAGGGUGUUUAUUGCCAUUCUUAUUAUUAUUUUGAACCAUGUCUAAAUAAAGUCAAGGCAAUUCUGUCA